UUAAUUCCCGCCGUGCGGUCCUACCAAAACUCGGCGACUCAACAGAAAAUGGAAACGAUCAACCCCACAUUCUCGUACCUCACCAAUCUGGAGGUGAUGCAGAUUCUGCAGAAGAUCAAGAGCACCAAAAAGAAGUUCGGCAUGCGGAACUUGGCCACAGUUACCUACGAGGCACUGCAAUAUCUGGAGGAGUCGCCCUGCAAGACGCAGACGCGCGAGAGCAUCGUGGGCUACGUGAAGGACCUCUCCUCCUAUCGCCUGAAGUCCCAUGAGAUUCUGCAGAUGAUCAACGAUCCGCCGACAAGUGCUCUUCACACGCAGCUGCUCAUCGACGACAACAAGGCCCCGCUGACCGACGAGGAGAACGAGAAGAUCAUCCAGCUGAGCUACAAGCACUUCCACGGCGGAGAAACCAAGGAGACGCCCGCCGAAAAGCCAGCGGAGGCAUCUGCCAAGUCGACUGGCAAGCAGUCCGGGAAGCGGGCUGCCCAGGCCAAGAGUAAUCCAGCUCCUCCAACGGAAUCCCCAAAGGAAUCAGCCGAAUCCAGUCAAGCAAUCCAAAUAAAUAACCCAGAAGAUCACGUUUAA